UUUUACAUUUGUUUUUCUAAUCAACUGACGGAAUAACAAGACCAAAACAAUGAAUAUUUUCUCAGCGAUUAUUGCGUUUGAGAACAUACACGAGGUGAGGAGGUUAUGUCACUGGGGUCCUAUCAUUGCACUGACAGUCAUCGCUGUGUGUUCCUCUAUGGCCAUACUGGACUCUAUUAUAUGGUACUGGCCACUGGACACCACAGGAGGCAGCGUCAACUUUAUCAUGCUCAUCAACUGGACUGUUCUAAUCCUUUACAACUACUUCAACGCCAUGUUUGUAGGCCCUGGAUACAUUCCUCUUGGAUGGAAACCGGAAAAUCAGCAAGACACAAUGUACUUGCAGUUUUGUAGAGUGUGCCAAGGAUAUAAAGCACCAAGAUCUCAUCACUGUCGCAAAUGUAACAGGUGUGUGAUGAAGAUGGAUCACCACUGCCCCUGGAUCAACAACUGUUGUGGUCAUUUUAACCACGCCUACUUCACCAGCUUCCUCCUCCUCGCUCCGCUGGGCUGCAUUCAUGCCGCGUUCAUUUUCGUCAUGACCAUGUACACGCAGCUCUAUGACAGGAUCUCUUUCGGCUGGAGCUCAGUGAGGAUCGACAUGAGCGCCGCAAGACGUGUCCACAAUCCCAUCAUGCCGUUCAGCCUGGCCGCGUUUGCCGCCACUCUCUUUGCCUUGGGACUGGCGCUGGGCACGACCAUCGCCGUGGGCAUGCUGUUUUUUAUCCAGAUGAAAGUCAUCGUUCGAAACAAGACGUCCAUAGAGGCCUGGAUCGAGGAGAAGGCCAAAGACAGAAUUCAGUACUACCAAACCGGUGAAGAGUUUAUCUUCCCUUAUGACUUGGGCAGCUGCUGGGAAAACGUCAAACAGGUCUUCACCUGGUCUGGUUCUCCUGAAGGGGACGGUAUCGAGUGGCCCGUGAACGAGAAAUGCCACCAGCAUACGCUAACGAUUGAGCAACUGAAGCAGAAGGCAGACAAGCGUGAGAGAAGUGUCCAGUACAGAGUGGUGGAGGAUUAUAAUGGGGCGUGCUGUCCUCUUAGGAAGGGGCUAAACACCUUCAUCAGGUCACCGUGUACAGAGGAACCCAGAAUCAAACUCUUUAAGGGAGAGACUAUUUUGGCCACUAGAGGGACUAAGUGGUGGAUGUAUGGGGAUAAGGUUUUAGAUGAGGAGCAAACAAAAGCUGGAGUUCGUGUGAGAGGAUGGUUUCCACGGCGAUGCGUGGAGAAGUGCCACUACGACUCAGCGAAUAACUCUACAGUUAGCGAAGAAAAGAAAGAUAAAUAAUAUAUUCAGAUUAUUUUAAAGUCGGAAAGAAAAAAGAAAAAAAAACUCGAUUGUGCAGUCAGGUUUACGUUCUUUAGACAGCGACUUUUCCUCCUUGCUUCUCUGUUUCAGUUUCAACGGGGAAAGGAAUUCAUUUUGUGCGAGGUAUCACGUUUCAAUUUUCAGGUGUCGUGAUUUUCAGUGUAUUUGCGACCUCCCGGGCGGUCGUUUGCGGUUCGGUCCGAUUUCCGUCGUACUCGAGUAAGUGAACAUUUCUAACACGUUAAUGUCAUACCCUGUAGUUGCUGCUCUUCUGUAUAGUCGACUGAUAUACCUCUACACAAUGAAUUCCCUCCAGACGUGUGGAGAGUAAGCAUGGUCAGAACUCAGUACUCCUCCUAUUGGAACGGAGCCCAAAGCUUGCGCUGACGGCUCCGUUUCAAGGGUGGGAGAGAGGGGGGGUUAAAUACAAUUGUUUACUUGAAUCCUUUAUGCUUUUCUCUUCUUAAUUUUUUUUUUUUUUUAAUGUCCUCACUGAUUAUGCAAUGCCUUCGCCAGCUGUAACAAAGUCUUAUUAGGUCAUGCAAAUUCACUGUAUUCUCUGUACAGUAGAAAUGACACUUAUUUU